AUGCAUAACAGCGCUAGGCCGGAGCAGGAGCCAGCUCGAAGCCGCGGGGCCGGGGCCGGGUGGACGCGCCUCGGGGCGGCGGGGCCGGCAGAGCGCUGGCUGGGCGCGAGCGGUGCUCGCCACGAGGCCCGCCGGCGGCUAGCGGUGGGCUGGGCGGCAGGGGCCGCUGUUCCCAUGGAGACGGGCCCGCCUCUCGGCCAGGCGUUGCCCGCCGCCCUUCCCGUGAGACGCGGCCUACAGCCAUUUAUAGUAGUGUUACAAAUGGAGAAAGAACUAAAUGAUCUCCUUCAGUGGAAAGAAGAAGGGAAAGAGCUACAUGCUUGCCAGUUCCCGUGUCAAAAGAAAAUGCCGCAAGAUGUCAAAAAGCAACUCCAAGACAUGCAUGAAAAAAUUAACAAACUGAAAGAAGAUUUUGUCUAUAACCUAAGAAUUUUAGAAAAGAGAGAUAAAGAGUUAGAACACUAUAAUGUCACAGUCACUCAUCUGAAAACAUCCGAAAAUACUAAACAGGCAGACAUAAGUGAUCUUAGAGUACACGUGGGUAAGGUGGAGCAAACGCUUGCCAAGGAAAGAAGAAAAAGAUGCAAACUUCAUUAUCGCUAUCGUCAACACAUUGAAGGACAUAAAUUAGAGCUGGAACAGUUUUGCAGAUGAGAUGUUACUUCCUUAGAAUACUCUAGGACCAGUCAAAUAGAUCAUCAGCAUGAGGAGUGCGUGAACCUGAAAUAUCACAUGGAAAGAAAAAUCCAAGAACUGGAAGGAGAGCUUGCUUGUCAGAAACAGGUGAAGCUGCUGACCAGAGAACUGGAGGCCCUCAAAGAGACUGGAGUGCAAACAACAGAAUCACUGCAAACAGCAGAAAGAGAAAACGAGUUCAAUGAUUUUGUGGCUGUGAAAGAUGCUUGGCAUGAAGAACUAGCUUAUGCUGCCAAGGAAGAGGAUGCAAUGCCAGCUUCAGUGAAAGAUGCCCAAGUCAAACAAUUUAAAAAGUUGAAGCAGCAGAUUAGAGAACUGCAGAUGAGACUUAAAGGUCUGGAAAUUGAGCUAUGCAGAAGAGAAUGGAGUCAUGAUACAUGUUUAAGAGAGAAAGAUGCUCUUAUUAGAAAGUAUAAACAACAACUGUCUCUAGCAGCUGAGCGAGAAUGGAUUCUGGAGCAGAGUAAAAUGCAAGCAGAAAUGGACUGGCAGCAGGUCCGUGAGAAUGCUGAAAGUAAUCGGUAUCAGAAGUCAGAGGAUCUAACACAAACUGUGUCUUCAGCAAGAGAGCAGGUUGAAGGUGGUCUACAGGAAACAGACUACAGGUUGCAUGAAGUGAAGACUGUUCUUAAUGCUUUGACUGUUGAGAGAGAACAGACAAUACAAGCAUCGUUUAAUCACCCUGUUUUACCUGAAGGGGAGAAACAGAUAUUUCAGUAUGAUGAUAAACGUUCUCUCAGCAAAGAUAUUCCUACCUUGGAAAUAAAAAAGUUGCAGGAGCAGAAUGCCAACCUUCGGGCUGCUAUUGCACAAAUGAGGAAAGAAAUGGAGAGUCUUGAUGAGCAAACAUUGUCCUCUCUUCCUCUGACAGAAAACAGACAGCUUGCAGAGCAAGGCUCAUUGUGCACAAACAAAAUUUCAACUGGAACCACUUUGAGCAAUAUCAAAGUCAGCUCAACUAACUUGGAUUAUAUAGUAAACUCAGACGUGGAAAAGAGUUUUACUCUGGACAUGGAUCUAAAGGAGCCAAGCCCCAAAGUUCUUGAAGAAAAGAUGGUAGAUCUUGGACAACAGUUACCUGAUGUAGGUCCUGGUGUUGGUGUCCAAUAUGGUGUCAGCUGCACUCUACAAGGAAUGCAAAAUAAACUGAAGGAAGCAGCAAGAAAAAUCUCAAUUCUGAGCCAAGAGAAGCAGCAGCUGAUUGAAAUGGGAAACAGACUCAGGGCAGAACUCAGAAUGGUAUUAAAGGAAGGACUUCGGCAUCCUGUUAGCUCUAAGCGCUGCACAGUUUGUAUUGACUCUGGUAGUCUUUUUCCAAGAGAGCUUGUCAAAAGAACGCAGUGUCAGCUAUCAGCUUUAAAGUAUCUACAGCACAGGCUUACAACACAGGAGCUGCAGUAUGCAAAGCAACAGCAUCCCUCAAGGAUCUCUUCCUUAAUUGCCUGCCCUAGCUUAAAGGAAGAAGAAGCUCCAAGCAGCUGUGGGGAAGAAACAAAAUUACCAUCCACUGAGAUUCAGCUAGAUUUCUCUAUUGAAAAUCAUGGGCCAGAGCAACGAAAGGCAGAUACAUCCUCAAAGAUCGUUCAAAGUCAGCCACUCAGGCAGAAUCCUAGUCAAGCCCAGCAGGUCCAGCUUUCUUCAUCUAGAGCACAUAAUUUCUGCCAAGUGGAGUUUGAAGUGAUACGUUCAACUGAGCAAUCUGAAGAAUCUCAGAAAAAUAUCAAAGCCAAGGAUAAACUUGAAAUGCCAGCUGCAGAUUUGACAGUCAGAGGAACCAAGCUGGAAGUUCAGCAGAAGUUAAAAGCCAGGAAUUUAUCUUGUGCUCAUCCCAUAAAACCAAAAAUCUGCUCUAACGUGGCAAAAAUCCGCAACUAUAAUAUUAAAGACUGAUUUCUUUGUUGGCAGCAAGUUCCAGGUCCACACUUGCUAUUAACUUACUUUGGAAUCUACAAAUCAGAUCUAAAUACCAGCUUCAUUUUCAUACGUCGAGUUGGG